AUGGUCGAUACACUUAUUGGAUUUCCAGUGUCUACCAUCUCUCAAAUUCGACAUAUUCGUGUUAGAGGAUACCCGUUUUCGGUAGCCACGGAUUUUGAAUGGUAUAGCGAGAGAAAUUACAACGAGAAACGAGGAGUUGAGCAGAAAUGCGAGGAGGAAGAUGAUAUGGUCGGGUGGGAUCACAAGAACAGGGCUUUCGAGGCAUUUACCACUUAUCCAAUGGCAUACACUCUCUCAUUGUUUCCCAGGACUACAACUCGACAAGUUGAUAGUUGA